UAAGGCCAUCAUAAGAUAAGUGAAACCUGAGUCGGGAUAAUAGUUAACCGAUGAGAAAAAACUGAUAUCAGCCCCCUGCUGAUUUCAUUUACUAGGAAGACGUAACUGAGAAUAACUUGGCUGCCAUGUAGAGGAGGGUACCCGAAGGACGCCGUUUUAUAUUUAGACAAACAGAGACGUGGCGAUAACAUUUCAGACUGUGGCCAGUGCGGUGGAGACGGAAACCGUCCUGAUGUUAUCCUGAAAUAUAAACUCGCUCCUCGUGGGAAACGUUAAACCAGGUUAAAGGUGAGAGACAGGAUAAUAAUUCAACUUCUGGAUGCAUUUUUGUUUCCCCCCUUUCUCCACAUCUCCUCCUCUUUCUUGGGGAUCUGGUCGAAUCCAGUCUGGGAGAAGCGGACUUCUUGGUGCGAGAUAAUCAGCAGAUGAUGUGAGUAAAUGAGGCGGAGAUGCGCGGGGACAAACUCAGACGCGCUCUUCACCGGCCACGACAGGUGCGCAGCAAGUGAAGAGGACAAGACAGAAUAAAGGAAAUAACGGGAGGGAGAGCUGGAAAGUAAUCGGAGAAGGAGAUAAAACAAAACCACUCUCCAGGUUCUCGCGAUGGAAACGGGGCAGAGCGCGCAGAGCACCGACCUGGGAGGGGAGCACUCCGUAGGAGUGUGCGUGAUGGAGCGAGACAGGGACCGGGAGAAGGGCGAGGUGUCCAGCCCGAGUCCUCUGUUCAAACAGCGUUCUCUACGGGUGGUGUAUGUCCUGAACGACGGGCUGAAGUCAGUGAUGGCCAGCAGCCCGGAGUCCGGAGCGCUGCAGUGUCUGCAGAGAGCCUGCGACUCGGAGAGCGCUCUGCUCACCACCGUCACCUUCGGAAGGCUGGACUUCGGAGAAACAUCGGUGCUGGAUAGUUUCUACGAUGCAGACAUUGCGGUUGUGGACAUGAGCGAUGUGUUUCGGCAACCCUCCUUGUUUUACCACCUGGGCGUGAGGGAGAGCUUUGACAUGGCCAACAAUGUCAUCCUGUACCAUGACACUGACCCUGAUACAGCCCAGUCACUGAAGGACAUGGUGGCACAGAAAAACACAGCAUCGAGUGGUAACUACUAUUUCAUCCCAUACAUAGUGACUCCUAACCAUGAGUAUAUGUGUUGUGAGAGUGACGCCCAGCGCAGAGCCAGUGAGUACAUGCAGCCCAGCUGGGAUAACCUGCUGGGGCCGCUCUGUGUUCCCCUGACCGACCGCUUCACCAGCCUGCUGAAGGACAUUCACGUCACAUCCUGUGCCUCCUUCAAGGACACCCUGCUCAACGACAUCAGGAAAGCCAGGGAGAAGUACCAAGGAGAGGAGCUGGCUAAGGAGCUCUCACGUAUCAAACUCCGAAUCGACAACACAGAGGUCCUCACUCAGGACAUCGUCAUGAACCUGCUGUUUUCCUACAGAGACAUACAGGACUAUGACGCCAUGGUGAAGCUGGUGGAAACUCUGGAGAUGCUACCAACUUGUGAUCUGGCAACUCAGCCAAUGAUCCAGUUCCACUACGCCUUCGCUCUCAACAGGAGGAACAGUCCUGGUGACAGGGAGCAGGCUCUCAGAGUGAUGCUGCAGGUGUUACAGUCUUGUGAACACCCAGCACCAGACAUGUUCUGCCUCUGUGGACGGAUAUACAAGGACAUCUUCCUUGACUCGGACUGCAAAGACACUAAAAACAGAGACAAUGCCAUACAGUGGUACAGGAAGGGUUUUGAGCUGCAGCCGACUCUCUAUUCUGGGAUCAACCUGGCUGUCCUCCUCAUAGUUGCUGGCCAGCAGUUUGAGAGCUCAAUUGAACUGAGAAAAAUAGGUGUGCGUUUGAACAGUCUGUUGGGACGCAAGGGUUCCCUGGAGAAAAUGAACAACUACUGGGAUGUGGGCCAGUUCUUCACUGUUAGCAUGCUAGCUAACGACAUCCCUAAAGCUACGCAGGCUGCUGAGAAACUUUUCAAACUGAAGCCCCCGAUCUGGUAUUUGCGGUCGGUGGUGCAGAAUCUGCAGUUGAUCCUGAGGUUUAAGAAGCAGACGGUGGAACAUUCCCCUCAGCGGGAGAGGCUCAACUUCUGGAUGGACAUCAUCGUAGAGGCAACACAGCGCACCACCAAUCGACUGCGCUUUCCAGUGCUGAUUCUGGAGCCAACCAAGCUGUACCAGCCGUCCUAUGUGUCUAUUAACAGUGAGGCAGAAGAGAAGAAUGUCUCUAUCUGGCAUAAGGGGAUUCAUGAGUGGAACUUCACUGCAAUGUCCAUCAAAGGCAUUAGUAUCAGUAAGUUUGAUGAGCGUUGCUGCUUCCUCUACGUCCAUGAUAACUCUGAUGACUUCCAGAUCUACUUCUCCACUGAGGAGCAGUGUGGUCGGUUCUGCUCCAUGGUGAGAGAGAUGAUAUCAGAUGGUACGGGGAAUGCUGUGGAGCUUGAAGGGGAGGCUGAUGCAGAUACCCUGGAGUAUGAAUAUGACACCAAUGAGACAGGGGACAGGGUGGUGUUGGGACGUGGCACCUAUGGAGUGGUGUAUGCUGGGCGAGACCUCAGCAACCAGGUCCGAAUCGCUAUCAAAGAGAUCCCUGAAAGAGACAGCAGGUACUCUCAGCCCCUUCAUGAAGAGAUUGCCCUUCACAAGUACCUGAAGCACAGAAACAUUGUUCAGUACUUGGGUUCUGUUUCUGAGAAUGGAUACAUCAAGAUCUUUAUGGAACAAGUGCCUGGAGGAAGCCUGUCUGCUUUGCUGCGAUCUAAGUGGGGUCCACUGAAAGAGGCAACUAUAAUCUUCUACACCAGGCAGAUCCUGGAGGGACUCCGAUACCUGCACGAGAACCAGAUCGUCCACCGAGAUAUCAAGGGCGAUAAUGUCUUGGUGAACACCUACAGUGGUGUCUUGAAGAUCUCAGACUUUGGAACCUCUAAGCGUUUGGCGGGAGUCAACCCUUGUACAGAAACAUUCACCGGCACCCUUCAGUACAUGGCACCAGAAAUCAUUGAUAAGGGCCCUCGAGGGUAUGGGGCCCCGGCUGAUAUCUGGUCCCUGGGAUGUACCAUCAUAGAAAUGGCCACUGGCAAACCUCCCUUCCAUGAGCUGGGGGAACCACAAGCAGCCAUGUUUAAAGUGGGCAUGUUUAAGAUCCACCCAGAGAUCCCUGAGUCAUUGUCACUGGAGGCCAAGGCGUUCAUCUUGCGCUGCUUUGAGCCAGACCCUCACAAGAGAGCAAUUGCCUCUGAUCUGCUCAAAGACACUUUUGUCAGACACAACACCAAGGGCAAGAAGGGCAAGAUUGCCUACAAACCCUCAGACUACAUCCACAGUGUUUCGCUGCCGGCGCAGCUGCAGUGCGAGGCCGCUGGGAGCAGCAGCAGUGAACAUGGCUCUGUGAGUCCGGACUGCGACUCCAAACACGAUGUUUUCUUCCAGAGAAAGAAAAGCUCUGGCUCCGAGAACCUGCUCAAACCCCCCAACUCCAGCUACCUGAGCGUGCCAGAUGAGGGAUUGGUGGCGGAGGACCGCAAUGCCCCCCCUUCCCCUGAGGACAGAGACAGCGGUCUGUUUCUGCUGAAAAAAGACAGUGAGAGACGGGCCAUUUUGUACAAAGUCUUGAAUGAAGACCAGGAAAAGGUCAUCUCCAACCUCAAGGAGAACUACAUCCAGGGCAGCGAGGAGCUCCAGCUGUCUGUCGAACACAUCAAGCAGAUCAUCUGCAUUCUUCGAGACUUCAUCCAUUCCCCUGAGAGGCGCGUUAUGGCAGCCACCAUCUCCAAGCUCAAGCUGGACCUGGACUUCGACUCCACUUCCAUCAACCAGAUACAGCUGGUGCUCUUUGGUUUCCAGGACUCGGUGAAUAAGGUCUUGAGGAAUCAUCACAUUAAACCCCACUGGAUGUUUGCUAUGGACAACAUCAUCCGCAGAGCUGUGCAGGCUGCCAUUACUAUCCUCAUACCAGAGCUGCAGACCCACUUUGGCCCAGCGUCAGAGUGUGAGGGCGCGGAGAAGGAGGACGAGGUAGAUGAGGAGGAAGCAGAGUUUGCUCCUGUUUUAGCUCCUCCCAUUGACGAUCCUGGGACGACAGCUGAACCCACCCACUCCGCUGUCAACCCAUUGAACUCUGCCCACCCCCAGGAGCACCAGCGCUCACAUCAUCAACUGGGAGCUCAGCUGGGACGACUCAAACAGGAGACCAGCAGAUGUCACUAUUGCUGCAGGCUGCUGGAGGAGCUGCUGCAAAAGGAGAAGGAGUACCACCAGGUCCUGAAGGCCACGCUGCAACAGAGGACCCACGAGCUGGAGCUGGUCAGAGUUAGACACCGACCGCUGGACAUUUCACUCCCUUCUAUCUUCCACAUCCCAGCUGACCAUGAGCCAGACAAGCAGCUUAUUGAUUGGCUGAAAGAGCAUGGGGCGGACGCUGACACCAUAGACAAGUUUGUGCUGGAAGAAUACACAUUGACUGACAUUCUCAGCGAUGUUACCAAAGAUGACCUCCGCUAUCUACGUCUGCGGGGUGGAGUGCUCUGCCGCAUCUGGCGAGCCAUCCAGCGGCACCGAGAGCGAGAGAGGCUGAGGAGCGACAGGUGUUCGGAAGAGGAUGCGUAAAGGCACUCAUGGACUACAACUGUGGAGGACUCUGUUCUGCAGAAACACGCACACGUACACACACUACCAGCCCUGCUUGGCCAUGUUUCCUCGUCUUUCUCCACAGUGCCUUUUCAUGCUGUACUCUCUAAGUUGUACUGUAUGUACAGGACUGACUGAACGUUUACUGACGUGUGGGUACAUGCAGUCAAACUUGACCAGAUUUAAGCGCUUUAGUGCAGGCACUAUGAUGUAUGUUUAUGUGCACUGUAUGUGUAUGUGCCACAGUAUGUGUUUGUGCUUGAGGGUUUUUAAGAAAAAAGCAUCUUAGCAAAUGCCAGAUUCGAAAGGUAAACACAGGUUUUCACAGUGGAAAAAAGUAUCAAACCUUCACUGUAACCUAAUUGUCCUUAUGUGCUGUCCAUCUGUAUGCUCAGAACAUUAUAAACCAGUGGUUAUAUUUUUGGGGCACUUGUGAUCCCUUAAAAUAAAGCAGUGUCUACUUGUGACCCUGAAACAUUGUUAAAGCCUCAAUGUGGACAGGAGUUCUGAGCAGUUCAACCAAAACUCAUUUUUAAUUUUUCUAUCUUAAUAUGAAGGAUUCUUAGAGGCUUGAAGAGAUAAAUGUUUCACAGGGGACAAAAAGUCCAAAGAAUUAAGACAUUGUAAAGAAAAGAUAGAAACUGUGUUUAUAUGUUUAUCACUGGUGCUCAGGGGGUUUAAAAAUCAUAUUUUUGCCAAGAUAUACUUGAGUGUGUGAGCCAUUAUGUGCAUUCAAGCACAGGCGCAUAUUACUGUCAUAUAAAAUACUGAACACUAAAGCUAAAAUAUACAAAACCACUAGUAGGGUGUGGCAGAGUUAUGACAGACCGUUCUGUCUCAGUAUUGCUGUUUGGGUGGUUCCCUUGUCUUUCAGCCAAACUAAACCCACUAUUUAAAAAAGUAAAGGAAAAAUGCCUUAAAUUCUCUUAUUUCAGGUUGGAUUUAUGUGCAAAGGAGAAAAACAAACGCACAUACUACCCACUAUGUUCCACUUCUGUUUUACUCUAAGUCUUUGAAUAUUCAUUUCACCUAAGAGCCUUAUACUUUUAAUUUCGUAAAGUUAAUGUAGCCACACUGAACUCACUGAAACAUGCGCACACAUCAUGACUACCAGCCCGUCACUGCCAUAAUAUUUGUAUGCGCUUUAUUUAUUAGUUCUACAAGAUUUCCUUUAUAUUCUCAAGUAAUUGUUUUAUUCUCCUCUGUGUGUAUCUGCACUUAAAUGUUUUUGUAUUCCCACUACUGUAUGUGGUUGCUUCACAAUUUCAAUA